GUUCUACCAGUUACGGGUUUUAUGUACAGUGAAGCUCACAACUUUUAGUGUGCAACGAUCUAGCUUUAUCUCCGCCAUUCGUGCAGGGACACCUCGCCAUCGGAAAAAAAGAAGUCGGGCGCUCACCUAGCCGGUGAAUUACUCCUUAUCCAGAAGCUUCAUACCAGGGCGUUCACACUCUAUACUCUAUAGCGAUUGGAUGCCGGUGAUUGGCCAAUCAUUCUCCCACCUUUAGAGAUGCUUAGGUCCGAUAAGACUUUACAUCUACCCAGAGCCGUUCAUUGUUCCCCAUCCCCGAAGAGGACUUGAUGACCACCAGCGGGACGGAAGCGGGACACUGGGAAGCGAGGGGACAUUGACAGAUGAGAUCGGAAAGGGUACCGGGAAGGAAGGGGGUACUGGACCCCUUGUUCCCUUAUCAGUUCUUUGUUGUCCUUCUGGAACGUACGUUGUCAAGCAACGGGGGAACCGGUGUCUCAGAUUUUCACUUUUCCCUGCCUUAUCUUGCUUUGCUUUUAACCCGGUCAACAACGUCUUACCGGUCUUUCGAGACAUUCACAGCGAGUUCGAGAGCUCCCGCCCGUCCCUUAUCGCCGCACUCGGGUCACCCUGCCACCAAGUUGGUAUUCCGUUGCAUCCAACGUUCCCUGAUUCCUUGUCAGUACAUACAUGGUCCUUUUUCUAUCAUUGCAUACGAUACAUAUGUGAUACUUCUUCUCCGUACCCUCCACGAACUACUGUACUGUACACCGUUCAGAAGCUGGUGGUGUGUGUAUGUACACUAUCAGAUAACUGGCUUCAACGAGCACAAAGACAUGCGGGUAUGCGAACUCGGUCCGCGGAUGUGUGUUCAUCUUUGGGUAUACCACCACACCCUGCCAUCAACCAACGAUGUGCCUUGCCUCAUCGACCGUUGGCUGCAUUUCCGGGGAGUCUCAUUGCAUCGAUUCCUACCCUCCUAUACUACUGCCCUGGGCUGAAUGUUUACAAGUCGAAUGUGACAUUUGAAGAAGAGGGAGAUUUUCUCCGGACCUAUCGCGCACAUAUCCUCUUCUGGCCUCCUCUCCGGAUCCCUAUUGGUCGGUAAAUAUUGGGGGACUUGCCUAUCCUUCUAG